AUGUUCGUGAAUUGUAACUUCGAUUAAUGCAAGUGGUGUUGUUGACCAAAAUGUCCCAGUCACCAACCUAAAGGUCCUUGACCGUGAUGUCACACAUGUUAAUUCUAUUUUCACUAAUCUCUCGUUGAUCCCAAUUUCUGUGUACACAUACGAUACGUAUCGUUGUUUAAUCGAAUUUGAAUAGGCGUGGAUUAAAAAGAAAAUUAGAAAAAGAAGAUAAAAUUAUUAAUGUUUUUAGUCUUGAAAUGACCUCAAAAUCGUAGAGAUGGUUGUGGUUGAAGUUACUAGCGACUAAUGUGACCUAGUCAAGAAUUUCAACAAGAGUUAUAAAAUUGCUUUUUCAACUUGUUAUAGACUAAUCCUAAAGUUAAAUACAAUGGUUGCUACUUGCUAGUAAGUAUGAUGUUCACAUCUAAUUUAAAAAGCGUAAAACUCAUUAGUUUUUUCAUAUACAUUAAUCCUAAAGAUAAUCCGCUAAACAUUGUGUAUAAACCUUGAGAACGCGUCAUUUGUUUUGUAUUCUUUCAUCAGUUUAAUAAUAUCUAUAUACGUCAAUGUACACAUAAGAGUAUUUAUAUUUUUUGUUAAACAAUGGAGUACACUACAUUAUAGUGUGAACAAGUAAAAAUUAAUUUUAAAACUAUAUAAAAGCCGCCCAAAAGAAAAAAUAAUAAUAUAAAGGUCGCGUACCCCCUAAUUAAGUUGCCUCAUCAUUCCCAUCUCUCUUUCUCAUCCUCAUUUUUUUUCCUUCACAGCCUCUUUCUUCCAGAAAUGGCGGAGACAAGUUUCUAUAUCGGAGUCAUAGGAAAUGUAAUCUCCGUACUCGUCUUCCUCUCACCAGUGGAGACGUUUUGGAAAAUAGUGAAGCGAAAAUCGACGGAGGACUACAAAAGCUUACCGUACAUUUGCACGUUGUUAGGAUCGUCUCUAUGGACAUACUACGGCAUCGUCACUCCCGGAGAAUAUCUUGUCUCCACCGUUAAUGGCUUUGGUUCUUUUGUUGAAAUCAUCUAUGUCUCCCUUUUUCUCAUUUAUGCCCCUCGACAUCUCAAGUUAAAUACAAUCGUAGUGGUUGCGUUGUUGAACGUCUUUUUCCCAAUAGCAGCAAUUGCGGCCACGAGAAGUGCGUUUAAAGAUGAGAAAAUGCGUUCUCAGUCUAUGGGGUUCAUCUGUGCUGGCCUCAACAUUGUAAUGUAUGGUUCUCCUCUUUCUGCUAUGAAAACAGUAGUGACGACAAAGAGCGUGAAAUACAUGCCGUUUUGGUUGUCGUUUUUCCUCUUCUUAAACGGCGCGAUCUGGGCAGUGUAUGCUUCACUCCAACACGACGUUUUUCUACUUGUGCCAAAUGGAGUGGGGUUUGUGUUUGGGACAAUACAACUCAUACUUUAUGGAAUUUACAGAAACGCCAAACCGGCCGGUUUAAGCAACGGUUCGAGUGAGAUUGCUGCAGAUGAAGAGGAAGGCCUCACAUCACGUGCCCCUCUCCUUUCUUAAACCUAUUUUAUAAAAUUAUAAGAUUAUUUUUUAGUUUCUUGGCGAGUGUUUGUUUUGAUUUGUUUUUUCUAAUAAAUAUAAAUCUUUAUCAUUUCUUUGCCAUUAUUGUGGUGUGCGAUUUUUUGUCCCUUGUUUUUAGAAGCAAAUUAGAUCAAACUGGUGUGUCUUUUUUGUCUUGUAGUGCUUGUAAUGAUACACGUUACAUAUAGUAUCAAUCGGAGGAUUGUCAGCCAGAA